GCGGGGCGCUGAUGCCGUGCGGAGCCGGGCGCGCCCCGGGGCGCGCGGGGCGGGCGGCGGCGCCGCGGCCGGGGCUCGGCCAUGGGGCGCGGGACGAGGCUGCCGCUGCUGCUGGUGCUGCUGCUGGGCGCCGCAGGUGAGUCACGGUGUUCGCUGCAUGCUCUUACUCACUGCUAAAGAACCCAGCCCGGUACCAUGUGCUGCUCAGAACGGGGCUGCUCAGACGGCCAGAUCCCUCAGGGCGGUCAGGAGAAGCCCCUUUCCCAGGGCUGCGGCGUGGAAAAUCCUUCUGCCCUCAUCUGUCCUUUCACUGAAUUCCUGGGCCGGGCGGCAGCACACAGGAAAGCUGUCACUUUUCAUAACACGCGGUGCUCCGUGGCCGUCAUGCAACUGCAAACCCGAGGGAAAACAAACGCCCUUCACAGGGUUUCUUCUUCUCCCUGCUGGGGUCUGCGUGCGGCAGCCUUCCUUCCCCAGCCCCCCGCUGAACCCAAGUCCUUAGCCCUAAAGCUGCAGGUGAGGAAGGGACCCCGUGUGCUUGGCUUGCAGGUGGCUGGGACAUGGGCUGGAGCGUGCUGGGAGCUGAAUCCCGUCAGAUCCUUGAAUGGGAAUUUGGGAGCCAGCCCUCUUGGCAGCGCUGUGCCCCACCACCAGGAGAGCCUCCCACCGAUCAGAGCCUCCCCGCACCUCUCUAAGAGCAGUCACUGUCAGUGUACAGGGAAACUAAAAGGAUGCUAUGAACGCAAGCAAGGAUCCUGACCUGGCUCCAGGUGCUGGCUGAGCCCUGCUGCUUUUACCCUGUCCCAAACCCCUGCUCUGAUCCCAGCACUCAAGGAGCCGCACUCAGUGAUCUCUUGUUUGUGUACUGCGAGCUGCGCUGCGCUGCGCGUAGCCGAAGGAUCCAGGAAAGCAGCCAAACACAUCAAUUAGGCCAGCUUGUGGCAAGCCUACCUGAUAAUGUGGCAAUAGCACACACUGAGCUACCCCUCGGGAGAGCCAUGUGGGUUAGUUAAUGUUUGCAGAGUGCUUUGGAAAGCGUCUUCAGGAGACGUAUGUGUGUUUUACAGGUAUGUUUGCUUGCUUUUCUAGAGUAGAUGGGUGCUGCACAGCUAAUAUUGAUGGUUUUGUGUUUGUUAGGAAGCUAAACUCACUGCUUGCUAAAGGUGCCCAAGGCUUAUUGCCUAGGGAGGUGCAGGGACUGAAUUCAGGAGUGCUCUGCCGUGGCUGUGUUUACCAUCAGCAGUCUGCAUCUGUUCUGAAUAACGGCGCAGGAAUCCACACAGAUCAGCGGUGAUAAAACUGUGCUGUGUCCAGAGCGCUUCGUAAGGGGCAGAAGGAGCAGGGAAACCCAUCAGGCUCUGAAGGCUUUUUCUCUGCUCGUGGGUAAUGUAGCUUAAUUGCAGCUAUGACACUGUAAGCGAAUGCUGAAUAAACCCCAAAUAAAGGAUUUAUUGGAUGCUAAACUGAAAUGACCUUUGGACAUAACAAAAAACGCCAAGAUGCCACAGUAAUUGGUGCACAAAGCUGAUUGUGUAUGAUUGGCACAGCGAGAAAGAAGACAUUAUGCACCUUGGAUGUUUUGGCUGCCUGCAUCCAAGUCAUCAGAGCUUCCUUUUUUUUAUUAUUAUUUUUUAACAUAUUAAGCAGUCAUGGUUAAUAAAAUACAGCCUUGACCUGCUGCUACACUUACUAAUAAAGAGGCGGAGACUCCUCACGAACGCCAGGCGGGUUGCUUUGCGGAAGGCUUCACACCAAACCCCGCAGUGAUUUUGUUUUCCUUUGCCACUUUCGCUGUGAUUUUUAAAUGGACGAGGCUGCCAGAGAGACUUGCACACAAACCACAGCGGCUCAGCUGUGAGGCAGCCUGCCAGCACCAUUUCAACCAAGGAUUUAUUUCCCCCUGCUUUACACACGUCGGUGUCAGGCUUCCAAACCUCAGCAGUGUUUUGAUUCAACUCCUGCGGCAGUUUGGGACUGCGGAGAGAUUUGGGGCCUGGGCAGCGUAGCCGGUGCAGGCAGCCCAUGCGAGAAGGCCUGCAAUCCCCGGCUGGGCAACCUGGCACACGGACGGACGCUGAGAACGGAGACGGCCUGCGGGAGCCAUGCCGCCGAGCCCUUCUGUGCCUACGCCGAGGACGCCACGCUCCGCUGCAAGCCCCCCACCUGCGGCCACUGCAGUGGGGCCCACGCGGGGCUGGCACACCCCCCCGCUGCCAUGGCCGACUCCCCUUUCCGCCUGCCCCGCACCUGGUGGCAGGCGGCCGGGGACGCCCCGCAGGAGACCAUCCAGCUGGACCUGGAAGCCACCUUCUACUUCACGCACCUGAUCCUGGUCUUCAAGUCACCCCGGCCGGCGGCCAUGGUGCUGGAGCGCUCACAGGACUUCGGCAAGACCUGGCAGGCCUACAAGUACUUUGCCACCAACUGCUCGGCGACCUUCGGGCUGGAGGACGACGUGGUGCGGAGGGGAGCCCCAUGCACAUCCAGAUACUCCAGCCCCUUCCCCUGCACCGGAGGAGAGGUGAUAUACCGAGCCCUCUCGCCGCCGCAUGCCGCCAAGGACCCAUACAGCGCAGAGGCCCAGGCGCAGCUGAAGGUGACCAACCUCCGCGUGCGGCUGCUGGAGCGGCAGAGCUGCCCCUGCCACCCGCUGGAACCGCCGGCCCUGCCAGCCCCAUACUACGCUGUCUACGACUUCAUUGUGAAGGGCAGCUGCUUCUGCAACGGCCACGCCGACCACUGUGUCCCCGUCAGAGGGUUCCGGCCUGUCAGGGCAGCCGGUGCUUUCCAUGUGGUCCAUGGGAAGUGCAUGUGCAAACACAACACUGCAGGACCUCACUGCCAGCACUGUGCCCCGCUCUACAAUGACCGCCCUUGGCAGGCUGCUGAUGGCAAAACUGGAGCCCCCCGAGAGUGUCAGUCGUGCAAGUGUAAUGGGCAUGCCGACACCUGUCACUUUGACAUGGAUGCGUGGCUGGCAUCAGGCAACCGCAGUGGUGGUGUCUGCGACAACUGUCAGCACAACACAGAGGGGCAGCACUGCCAACGCUGCAAGCCAGGCUUCUACCGAGACCUGCGAAAGCCCUUCUCUGCCCCAGAUGCUUGCAAACCCUGCUCCUGCCACCCUCUGGGAUCGGCCGCGCUCCCCCUGGGCCCCCGCACCUUCUGCGACCCCAGCACCGGUGACUGCCCCUGCAAGCCUGGCGUGGCGGGGCCGCGCUGUGACCGCUGCCUGCCCGGAUACUGGGGCUUCGGCACCAGCGGCUGCCGGCCCUGCGACUGCGCCCGGAGCUGCCACCCUCUCACUGGCGAUUGCCACAGCAGCAGCAGUGUGGAUGCAAGCUGGCAGCAAGAAGUGCUGCCCUUCCAACCAACACUCAACGAGAGCAAGCCUGCCUGGGGCUGGGAGGAUGAGCAGGGCUUCUCAGCUCUGCGGCACUCCGGUAAAUGCGAGUGUAAGGAGCAAGUUUUGGGCAACUCCAAGGUCUUCUGUGGGAUGAAGUAUACCUAUGUGAUAAAGACAAAGAUCUUGUCAGCUCAUGACAAGGGCUCCCAUGCAGAAGUCAACGUGAAGAUCAAGAAAGUCUUGAAGUCUACAAAGCUGAAGAUUCUGCGGGGUAAGAGGACGCUCUACCCCGAGUCCUGGACUAACAGAGGCUGCACCUGUCCAAUCCUCAAUCCUGGCUUGGAAUACCUGGUGGCAGGACACGAGGAUGUCCGGACGGGCAGGCUCAUCGUCAACAUGAAAAGCUUUGUCCACCAGUGGAAGUCGGCCCUUGGGAGAAAGGUCCUGGAGAUUUUAAAAAGAGACUGCAACUAGACACAUGCGGCCACCUAGGGCAUUUCUUCAUGCACAGAAUGCAAGAGCCUUCACAGAGAGAAGGCCUCGAGGAUGAAAACUGGAACAUAAGAAAAUAGCGCCAAAGCGUGUAGCGAGGCAUUACAAUUUGUAGGCGCUGACUGAUUUAACCCUUCCUGGCCAAUGCCCAUUCACUCGCCUGUAGCUUCCUUGCAAGGCACUCCCUGAGCCCAGGUUUUGUUGCGUUGAGGGGAAGAGAAGGAAGGGCGACCCUUGGUUUGGCCCCAGAUGAGAGGUGACGAGCCGCUGCCAGUGCCACCAGGAUGGAUCUGGGGUCACUUCCAGGGGCUCCAAGAAGAUGCUGCAGAGCAGCAGGAGCACGUGGCUGAGAGUCGGGUGCUGCUGCCCUUCACCCCACCAUGCUGUGGGGGAUUUUGGGGCUCAGCUCCCUGCCUGUGCUCUCGAGGGUGGACUUGUUGGGUGAUGCGAGUUCCUCUGCCCUCAUGCACAUGUGGUGGAUGCCGGUUCUCUGCCACACUGCAGAGAAGAGCUGGCUCCGUGGGGCGCAGUGUCUCUGAGCUUUUGUCCUUGAAGUGUUAAGAUAUGAACCCAGCCUCCUGUAAAUAUUUCAUUGUAUAAAGCACUUUACUACCUGCCACUCCGCGGUGUGGAAGGACAGAUUGUGUUUGGGAAAGAAGAGGUUGAAGGUGGCACAUGGAAAACCUUCCUGAAACAGAAGCACUCCUGAAGACGCACGGCAUAAAGGGAAGGGCCAGCCUGGCAUGGCCACUCGGAGCAUCCCGGGGUGCAGUCUGAGGGAUAGAAAGCAUUUGCACUGAAGUCCCAGCUUCAGACCAGUGCUUGGGCUCCGUGGGCAGGACUUGGCAGCCAGUACAAAAAGAAGAGACUUCGGAAUGAAAAUGCAAUCGCCAGCGUAGGAGACUGCCCACAGGAAAAGUGGAUCUGAAGGAUGGAAAGGACUGCCAUUCCCAUAUCCCCACCCAGUGAUUCACGAUGGGCCUGGAGUUUAUUUUAUUUUUAUGUUAGUAUUUAAAACUGAACGCUCGAUUUGUUUUCUUCUGUGAUAUUGUUUGCAAUAUAUAUGGCCACUACACUUCCACAUUAACUCCCAUAUGGAAUAUAGCACAGUUUACUGCAGUUUUCAGCACUAAAGUAUAUCUUUUCUGUAAAGCGUCUUUGAAGCACAUUGCAUAGUUAGUAUCUUUUGCUCAUGAGUAUGAGAGGAAAGAAAAGGCAGACAUGCAACAUCGUAAGAACCACAAGCCUACCAAUAUGCUUUACAUAUGUAUUUUUCUUUCAAAGUCCUGUGGACUCAAAAAAAAAAAAAAACCCCAAAAAGAUACUAUUUUGGUAAUUUGUUUUUAUAUCUCAUGUAUGUAAUAAAUAUAUUAUGAUUUCAA